AUGGCGGAAUCGAAGCGGGCCAGGUUUCUACCACAACAAUGCCAACAUCACUCACGGAAAUCGCAUCAACAUGACAGCUUACCGCAACCGCGGUCCUACAACAUUAACGAUGUUGCAAUCACUCUAUCUGAAAGCAUGCUAGGACCGAUUCAAUGGGCCGCCUCCGAGAAGUCACUAAGGAACACCGUAGCCCGCGUCUUAGUCGACAAGGGCGCCGAAACAAAUCCAAAAGUCACUUCGGCAAGCACUAUAUUUUCCCUCAUGAAAGCCAUCGACGAGCUCUGCUUCCUGGGCUUUCUCUUCCCAACGCCCCAGAUCAACCACGCAUCGCACCCAGUCCUUCUCGAAGUCGGACAAACGCGGGGUAGGGUGGGUUGGACGCAGCCGCUUCGGACUAGUAAGCCCGGGGGCCCUAGCAUCGUCAUCCGCUUGAGCACGGUCCGCCACCGCGAUGACGGCACCACCACCACUACCACCACAGGUACCGGUACCGGUAAGCCGCUGCCACUCAAGGAGAUUGUGCAGGUUGCUGUUCACGAAAUGGUGCACGCCUACCUUUUGCUGUUGUCUUGUCGGAGAGACAAGUGCGAUAUGGACUUUGAUACUAUGCAUCGGGAUUCUGAUGGCGGGGGCCACGGGCUUGCGUUUGUUGCGCUGCUUAAGGCUGUGUUAGGGCAGAUUCAGAGCUGGGCGCCGGAGUUACGGGAUUUUGGGUUGACUGAUGAGUCUAUUCACCCGUAUGAGGACUUUGGGUUGGAGUUGUGGAAGAGGGGGGAUAGGAUCUCAUCGAGGAGUAAGGGACAGCGGGUUUGGUGGCUUGCGGCGAAGCCUAUGUGA